AUGGGUGAAAGACGAGCCUCAGGCCGCUCCAGAUGCAGGAGUGCUGCUUUUACCCAGACGGCCAUUCAGGAGGUUGGAAGACGUGGGUCUGGAAACCACGAUCAGGAACCGCUGCCAAAACCAACCCAGCCACAGAGCCUACCUGGCUAUAUAGCACCUCUGUCUUCCGAGUUGAACCUGCUGAUUUCCACAGACUCACAUGACAUCAAGCUGCUAGACUUUGGUUGUGGAGAUCUACUAAAGGACUCAGCUUACAGAUCGUUUGAAGGCACUCCUCAGUACGCCCCUCCUGAGUGGUUUCGUCGGCGCCGCUAUCAUGCAGGACCGGCUACUGUUUGGUCAGUGGGGGUGACACUCUAUAAAAUCCUGUGCGGUUGUUUGCCCUUCAGAACCGCAUGGAGGGUCACCUCCAAAACCAUACUGCACUUUUCUAGAGAGCUGUCUACAGCCUCAGGCCGCUCCAGAUGCAGGAGUGCUGCUUACACCCAGACGGCCAUUCAGGAGGUUGGGAGAUGUGGCUCUGGAAACCACGAUCAGGAACCUCUGCCAAACCCAACCCAGCCACAGAGCCUACCUGGCUAUAUAGCACCUCUGUCUUCCGAGUUGGCCGUUUCUGCAUCGACGGAUCAGCCCAACAGGAAGAGGAAGCGGCAGAGUGGCAGUCAGGGAGAUGAACGUCCAUCCACCUCAUGCAGAAGACCUGCCAAACGCUCUUGCAGAGCCUAUGAGAAGGGCCCAUUGCUGGGAAAAGGUGGAUUCGGCUCCGUUUAUGCUGGGACACGCAGAUCUGAUGGACUGCCAGUUGCCAUCAAGUAUGUGUCUAAACGCAAGACGCACAGGAGACUGAAAGUUGAAAGCCAUGGUCGGCUGCCGCUGGAGGUGGCGUUGAUGACCCUGGUCAGUUCAGAUCCUCCGUGCCCCAAUGUCCUGCAGCUGGUGGAGUGGUUUGACAGUCCCGCUCACUACAGCAUGAUCCUGGAACGCCCAGUUCCUUGCCAAGAUCUCCAGAGUUUCUGUGAUGAGAACGGCUGCCUGGACGAGAGCCUUGCCAAGAAAGUGCUGCUGCAGCUCAUCACCGCUCUGAAACACUGUGAGAGCCGCGGAGUCCUGCACCGGGACGUCAAGCCACAGAACCUGCUGAUUUCCACAGACACGCAUGACAUCAAGCUACUGGACUUUGGUUGUGGAGAUCUACUAAAGGACUCGGCUUACAGAUCGUUUGAAGGCACUCCUCAGUACGCCCCUCCUGAGUGGUUUCGUCGGCGCCGCUAUCAUGCAGGACCGGCUACUGUUUGGUCAGUGGGGGUGACAUUCUACAAAAUCCUGUGCGGUUGUUUGCCCUUCAGAACCGCAUGGAGAGUCACCUCCAAAACCAUACUGCACUUUUCUAGAGAGCUGUCUACAGAGUGUCGUCAGUUGAUUAGCUGGUGUCUCAGUGUCGCGGCGGCAGAUCGCCCCAGUUUAGACGACAUUGAGCGCCACCCCUGGUUACACUGAACAGGUGGCCAAUGACAUUAUAUUCAUCUGAAUCACAGCAGACAUUGGUUGAAUUGUAUUGUUUGGAUCAGUCUGGAUAAAUGAUUUUGAUUAUUUGUAUAGGGUGACCAGGACUGACACUGUGACUGUAGAGAACAGCUUUGGCUCUGGGUGGAUGCUGGAGGAGCUGAACACACAGC